AGUCAAAUAUCAGCUCCGCUCAACUCUUCUCUUUUGACGCGGUUUUAAGACCUAACAGUCUCUCUGUUUUUGCGUAUAUUGGCUGUACUCCAUUCUCUCUCUCUCUCUCUCUCUCUCUCUAUUGAUGUAUAGAUAAGAGAUACAAUCUCUGAGCUGAAUCGUUUCCUGAGAUCAAGUUGCCACAGAUACGGCGAUUUCUCUCUCUUGUUUCUCGGAAAAUGGAGCAGAAAAAUCAGUGUUUGUUGUCUUCGUCUUCGACUCUUUUUUUUCUUCUCUUCUUGUUCCUUUUGACCAGCCUCUCUGUCUCUGCAUCUGCUUCCUCUUUCAUUUCAGAUGAUAUUUUUGGGGGUAGAUCUUUAAUGGGUCGGAAUCUUCUUCAAGCCAAGAAAGCUUGCCCUGUAAACUUCGAGUUUUUGAACUACACCAUCAUCACCAGCCAGUGCAAAGGACCGCAGUACAAGCCCAAUAUCUGUUGUCCAGCUUUUAAAGAAUUUGCUUGCCCUUAUGUGGUGGAGAUAGAUGACUUGUCUAAUGAUUGCGCCACAACCAUGUUCAGUUACAUCAACCUCUACGGGAAAUACCCACCUGGCCUUUUUGCCAGUUUUUGCCGGGAAGGGAAACUAGGGCUUGCAUGCCCUGCAACUGCACCUACACAAUCGGCCAAUUCCAGCAGUGGAAGUCAGAUUCAACGAGGAUUAUUCUGUUGAUUUCUCGACACAAAGAGGCGACAUUCUGGGGGAUAAAACGAUUAGUAUUAGUUACAUACAUGCAAGAACUGCAGGGAAGACAACCCCCUUCUUAUUUUAUUUUAUAAUUUCGUUGUCUUCUUCUACAGAUACAGGGAGUACUUGGCAGAACUUACAGUUACAGCUUCUUCAUAUGUUCUUCGUCUACUCAGAUUUGAGACAGCAGUGUUAGAGAAGAAAAGCUUAAUGAAAAGUUUUAUGAUGCGGCAUAUUAUACCUUGGUUUCCUUUCUCUGUCAAAAUAAGUUUUGCACAUCAUUUUUUUUUUAACCCCCCUGAGAAAUAAGCUGGUAACAACUACAAUUGUAGGCUAUCAACUCAAUACUGAUGUGGCGCUCCGAAAUCAUUAAUAGCAGAUUAGUUGGGCGGAGAAGCUAGCAAAAAUAGAUUAAAAUAA